UCACAGUGUAUCUACUGAGUGCAAAUAAUUGCGCAUGUGGCUGCCUCUACCGGCCAUAUUGGUUUUUGGUAGCGACGAAAACAUUGUGAGCACGUGGAAAGCCGCAUAUUUUUUUAAAAAUUCGCUAUUAUUUAUAUGUUAAAGUGGUCAUUUUUGUGAAAUUUGUGUAAUUUUUUGUUUAUAUUGCAUCAGUGAAAAUAAUCUUUCUAUAUUUAAAGUACGUUCAUAUACAUUUGCAGUUAAUAUUUGACAAAAUUUCACGGAUUGCUCCGUUAACAAUUUUUUUAAAAGUGGAUUUAAUAAGAAAUGGCACCAAUCAUUCAGUCUCGCCAAUUAUUAGUUUGGACAAUUCCAUCCAUUGCAAUUUUGUUAAGCUUUUUGUGGUACAAAAGAAAGAGAAGUGGCCCGCAAAGUGAUCCUGGAGAAAAAGAAGAAAAUAUAAAAGAAAAUAAUAUUGAAGUAAAAGAUAAUUCGAUUGAAAAUAAAACACCAGAAAAAGUUAUAAAACGUUCGUUGUCUGGUGUAGAAUCAUCCCCAAUUGAUAUUAUUAUACCUCAUAGUUUAAAAUCAACAAAAACACCUCCAGUCAUAAUAUCUGAUAAAGAUUUAGAUAAGGAAAUUGCAAAAAUCAAAUCAAUGAAAUCACCGUUUGCUGAAACAACAAACCGUAAACGAGCAGUUCGCUCUGCACUGUCUGUAGAGUUGGAAAAAACUAAAACUCCUCCAAAGUGCUCAAACAGUCCAUCUGAUAUGUCAACACCACAAAUGGAAAAAGUUUCAACUAAGAAAGAAAAUAAACAUAAACAAAAAGGCAAAAAAACAAUACAUAAAGUUGAAACUGUUUCAACUGUUGUUGAAAAAUUAGCUACAAUGAAACUUCCAGUACUUGACGAUGUAAAUGUUGAAUCAAGUGGUGGGAAUAAUUCUUCUCAUUGCUGUUCAGAUCGUCAGAGCUCUGAACGCGAUUCAGCAAAUCAUAGUCCUGCUGAUGUUAUGUUAGCUAGUCCUUCAUUAAGUAGCAUAUCCGAUAAUCAUAGUGAAGGCUCUAGCGACAGUGGAAAAGGUUGUAGCGAUGUGGCAACACCAGCUGGAGAUGGUUCAUUGUCUGGUGAUUGUCCACAAGAUCAAAUAACCGUUUAUGAAUUUGUUAUCGCGCAAAAUCUAGUUGGACGAUUAAUUGGACGUCAUGGUGCUGUUGUACAGCAAAUUAAAAAUAAAACAAAAGCUAAUAUUUUAAUUAAAAGGCAUCCUGAUUCUACCAAAUUAAAAGUUUGUGCAGUUGAAGGAACACAAAAAGAAAUUGAUAAUGCUUUAAAAAUGAUACGACAAAAAUUCCCAGAAAAACGUUAUCCAUCAUUAACAUUAGAACAAGUACAUUUUGUUUUACCCCCACCCACAUGUACAUUAAUACCAGAAUGUGUAUAUUUAAAAUUAGUAGAAGGAAUUAAUAACGAUACAAUAAUAUCACAUGUAGAAUCACCAAUGCAUUUAUUUUUACAAUUGCAUACACAUCCAUCGUAUCCCAGUUUAAGCAGACUUGUCACAUGUAUGAACACAACAUACAAACAACCAGAUUCUCCACAACUACCUAAACCCACCAAAGUAAACAGCAUAGUCGCAGCACCGUUAAAUAGUGAAUGGUAUCGUGCAACAAUAUUAUCAGUAGAUGAAGAAAACGAUGCUUCCUUAGUACAAUUUGUAGAUUUUGGUGGUUAUUGUAAUAUAGAAAAUUCAUCACUACGACAAAUUCGUGGAGAUUUUAUGACCUUACCCUUUCAAGCUCAAGAAUGUAUUUUGGCAAAUUUAAGACUUAAAUCAGAUGAAACAAUAUCACCAGAAUUUGGUAUACAAUUCGUAGACGCAUUAACGAGAGGAUAUCUACUUCAAACACAAGUUGUAGGUUAUACUCCCGAAAAUAUGCCUUGUGUAUUUAUUUAUGUAGUUUUAGGUCCAGGUAAUAUUGUCUUUUUAAAUCGUGAAGUCGCCGAACAAGGUUUUGCUGAUUGGGUGGAAGAAUAUAAAGUCUGAAUGUGUGUUUACAAGCAAAAAACCGUUAAUUAUUUUUUGCUCUAGGCAUAUUAUUAUAGAGUACACUUUUUUUAAGUCACUUGAUUACAAAAAGAUCAAGCAUAUAUUAUUUGGAUAUAGAUUGGAUAAAGUUGUUGUUAACUAUAUAUAUUGAUAUUUUUAUAUGAAUUUGAAUAUCUUUACCUUUUACCUUUACCCUUAAAAAAACAAAAACAAACUAAAUGUAAAUAUCACA